AUGUUAGUCUCUGCAGUGCUCGCAAUCCUGCUAGGGCUGGCCCAGGCAUCGUCACGGAGAAUACACGAUGUCGAAAUCCUAUCUAUAAGCGCUAUCCAGGUGGAGGACUACACCACGAAUGACCUCUCCAGCAUUGCCCCAACAAAUGUAUCUGCUAUAGAUUUCUGCAAUAUCACAUUGACCGUAACCCACCCGAACGAAGAUGACUUGGUGAUCAUGUCCAUCUGGCUCCCUCCAGUCGACAACUGGAACGGAAACUAUCUCGCCACAGGCGGAGGCGGCCUCAUCGCAGGGUAUUUCGCAUCUAGACAGGGUCCAGGCGUAGCCCUUGGCUAUGCAACAGCCUCAACCGACGCCGGUCUAGCUCACGACACGGUGAAUCGAACAGAAGGAUCGUGGGGGCUUAAACCCGACGGCUCUGCACAUACGGCCCUGCUCACCAAUUUUGCCUAUCGGUCGAUCCAUGAUAUGAAUGUCCUUGGUAAGGCCAUUAUCCGGGAGUAUUAUGGGGUUAAACAUCGUUAUUCGUAUUACCACGGCUGCUCUACUGGUGGGCGUCAGGGGUACCUGUCUGCCAUGUACUAUCCAGAUGACUUUGAUGGGAUUCUGGCUAUCUCUCCGGCUAUCCAUACACCUCAGACUUCUCCAGCGGACUUUUGGCCCUCAGUAGUUAUGGGGAACUCUGUUGCUCCCCCGCAGUGUGUUUUCAAUGCGUAUGAAGCUGCCAUUGUAAAUGCCUGUGAUCAUCUCGACGGAGCUAUGGAUGGGCUGAUAUCUACAUACGAUCCAGACAAAUGCAACUUCGACCCGACAACGCUUGUUGGAAAGUCCAUAGACUGCAGCGACACAAACACAACAAUAACAAUCACUUCAGACCACGCAGAAGUCGUCCGUCAAUGCCUGCAAGGCCCAGCAGACGAGAGCGGGAAAAGGCUAUGGUAUGGAAUCCCACCAGGCGCCAGCUUCAGCGGGCUCGCAAACACAGCGAUAGUCAACGACACCAUCACGGCAAAGCCCUUCGAGGCCGCCGAGGCCUGGAUGAAGUACUUCAUCUUCCAGGAUGCGAAUUACCCUGCUGCCGACAUGACAUACCGAGAUUUUACAGACGCAUUUGCCCUCUCCGUUGAGAAAUUCACGCCCCAGUUUGGAACGCUACAUCCGGAUCUCAAGGGAUUCCGUAAGUCCGGUGCGAAGUUACUCACCUGGCAUGGCCUUGCGGAUGAAUAUAUACCUCCCGCGGGAACGACACUGUUCUAUGAUGCUCUUUUGGAGGAAAUGGGUGGAGUCGACGCGAGUGAGUUCUACCGCGUGUUUCUGGCGCCUGGGGCUGCGCACUGUAGCGGCGGGUAUGGGCCGGUACCGACGAAUCCAUGGGGAGCUCUAGUAUCCUGGGUUGAGAAGGGAGAGGCACCGGAGGUUCUGUUUGCGUCGACUGUGGAUGAAAGUGGGAAGACUGUGUCGCGCAACCUGUGUCCGUAUCCUUCGAAGCUGGUGUAUCGGGGAGGAGAUGUAAACAAGGCAAGCAGCUUUGCAUGCGAAGCUUAAAUAUGGAGUCUUAGAAGUAAAUGGAAUAAUCUUUGUG